AUGGGUCAAGAAUCAACUCCACCAACCCAACAGCCAGAGCAGGCUCAACCACAUCAGCCACAGCAGCAAAUGUACGCCAGUCCACCAACUGAGUACUAUGCACCACCUCCAGGUGCCUACCCACCACAGGCUGGAUACCCACCACAGGCUGGAUAUCCUCCCCAGGCUGGAUACCCUCCCCAAGCUGGAUACCCCCCACAGGCUGGAUACCCACCCCCAGGCACUGUCUACGCUGCCCCAGUCGGUGCUCCACAACAAGCCUACAUGGCUGCACCAGUUGGAACCCAAACUGUCGUCGUCACUCACGUCGAUGUCAAGUUCAAGUCAAUUCCAAUUGAUUGCACUUGCUCUCACUGCGGAAACAGAAUUACUACCUCGACCAAGUACAUCAGUGGAUCGAUGGUUUGGAUCGCCGUGCUCAUUCUUAUUUUCAUUGGUUGCAUCUUUGGUUGCUGCUUGAUUCCAUUCGCCAUGGACUCUUUGAAGGACGUCAUCCACAAGUGCCCACAAUGCAAGCACAAGCUCCACCGUUUCGACAGACUCAGCGGAAAGUAG